AUGACAUGGCCACCAUCGUAUUAUCAAGCUGAAAAAAAAAAACCACCUAAACUAUUUGAAGAUUUCACUAUUCAUGGACUGUGGCCCAAAGAUUUCCCUGAAAAACAACCUCAAUGUGCCGUAAAGGAACAGUUUGAUAUUAAAAAAUUGGAGAAUCUACUAAGCGAUCUAAAAAAGCUAUGGCCAAGUUUGAGUAACUACGAAAGUCCAGAAUCAUUUCGGAAACAUGAAUUCAACAGACAUGGUAGGUGUGCAACUGAGGAUCCUGCGAUUGUUAAUCAACAUGGUUACUUUAAAUUUGGUAUUGAUCUGAUGAAGAAGCUGCACCUAUUUGAGAAACUAAUUAAAAAUGGGAUCAAACCAGAUCAGUCCAAGCAAUACGAGACAAGCGAUUUACGAAGCGUUUUGAAAAAAGAAUUCGGUUAUAACGGUUCUUUAAAGUGUACUGAUAUAAAAGGAAAGGUAACUGAUGGAAUAAAUGCUGUGGAGUUAUUUUCUAUUGAACAGACGUCAUAUUAUAAUCCAACUCAUUUUUAUGCAUUGCUUAUCACUACUGGUUGGUAUUUAGUGACUAGUUCAUUUUCAAUGACAAGUGAGCUAGAUGUACUCAAUUAA